UUCCACAAAGUCGGCCUGAUGCUCCGAGUGACUUGGGAAAACCAUGUCAAAUUAGCAACGCCAUGCCAUCUUGGUCUUAAUGUCUACGAAUUUUUGAUAUUUUACCAAUCACUCCGUUUACGAGGUGUCGGAAACACGUCCGGUUGGGUUGAGGAACUUUAUUUUAUCGAGUCCUCGAAACCCAACUCUCCUUCGUCUGACUUGCUUGCAUCCGUUCUCUUGACGACAAACUUCAAGACUGCAACUCUCAAGACGUCUUCGUUCAACUCGCAUCGUCUGACCAAAGCCCUCUUUGACGAGUCCUACUUUUGUGAUUCUUGCAGGUCGACCAAACGGCAUGCUAAGAAUGGCGAAUUGGAGGUGAACAACCCACUCUUCAAAGGCGAGCAAAGCUCUUCUCCAGCACCUGCUUUGCCCUCCGACCAUCGCGUCGAGGCGAAAAGGCAGAACAGCUCAUCUAAGACGUCCACAAAUGCAAAAGAGCCCUCCUAG